AUGGGGCAUGCUACGCACCAAUUCAAGGCUCUGUUUUGGAAAAAUUGGCUCUGCCGUGUGAGGCAACCGGUCCUCUCUCUCACUGAAAUACUGUGGCCAUGUGUACUUUUCUUGAUUCUAGCUGCCAUCCGCUUCCAGGAGCCCCCAAAAUACAAGGAAAACUGUUACUUAGAAGCUCGUGAUUUACCGAGUCGGGGCCUUUAUCCUUUCAUGCGGACCCUUUUCUGUAACGUUGGUUCAAGAUGCAGGAAUACCAGUUACACAGCGCAGAGACACGGCCGCUUUAGUGCAACCGCCCACAGUGGUUCAGAGAGAGCCACUGGACCUGAUCUAGGCUUCAUGGAAGAGAUAGAAGAACUUGCAAAGGAAUUUAUUGAUACUACAGAGAAAGCCAUGGCCUUAGAAAAGCUAUGGGAAGAAAACUCAAGGCUCUCAGGGCUCCACAACAUCACCACUUUUCUUACUAUGGAUUUGAAUGAAGCAGAGAAAAUUAUUUCUAGAGCAGAAAAUCUGUACAAGCAACCAUAUUUCUGGAACCUUCUGCAUUCACUCCCUCAUCUUGAACUGAACAGCUUUUAUACAGAAGAUGAGUUAGCUACCAUAACACAGUUUCUAAAAGUUAUUCAAAAUACCUUAGCAUCACUGAAGGAUUUAGCUAUGAUGCCAUUGGGCAAAAGUUUCUAUGAAAUGGUGAAAAUGGCACUGAAUUUGACUGCUGCAUCAGUACAGGAUAGGAGCUUAGAAGGUUUUCAGUACAAUCUUUCUUUUGGAGAUGUUUUGUGGAAUCCGCUUGCUGUGAAAGCAGAACUUGAAUCCAGGUUUGGUUUUGAUGGCCCUCAUAUUGAGAAGGUACUAAGUUAUACAGCACGAUUAACAGAGAUUCCCAAAGGAGAGACACUGGAGCAGUUUGUGUGCUCUGCUCUGGCUGUUGUCCCAGAAGAUGAAGCAAACAAAGAGAAUAAUGGAGAGGGCUGUAAUUCUCCACAGCAUGAGGCCAAACUGUAUCUUGUUCAUGCUGUCAGCAAGUUCAAACUCUAUGCACGGGUACAAGAAUUAGGAGAACUUGUGCAUGAUUUCCUCAGAAAUAUCCAAAAAUUAAACAGCACUAUUGUGGCCUCACUUGUUCCAAAAAUUCUCGCUCUGUACCAGAAUGAUGACUUGGUUUUAAAUAUUAAGAGCAAUAACACUGUGUUAAAACUUCUUUAUGAGGUUUCAAAAAGUAUGUCAUCUUCUCAAGUAUGGCAUGAUGUGCAAAAUAAGGAACUAGUUUUUGAUUUUCUGUUUGAAACUUUUGAUCUUCUCUGGAACCUCACCAGUAAGUCUCUCUGUGAAAAAUUACUAUUAAUUUACAAUUACACAGAGUUUCAGGCACAGUUUCUUGCACAGAAUGGAAAACAAGAUAUACAAGUUGUUUAUGACACUCUGAGCAGUCUUAAAACUUUAUUUAUAGAUGAAGAGCUCCAAACAGCUCUCUUAUGUUAUUUGGAAGAGUUUCUUGAUCUGCCUCCAGGAUGCUUGGUAAAUAAUGGGUGCACUGAUUUCUAUCUAGCAAACAUGAGUUCAGAAGAACAUUCAGCAGAGGUUUAUAACUUACUUCUGCUUCCAUUGGACAGUGUCCUGUCUGAUGUAACAAACUGGGGAGAUAAGGUAAGUGUGCCUUCUGCUUUGCACUGCACUUUUACAUGGCUUCAGGCGUGGACCGAGAUUUUUGAAGAAGCAUCGGAAAUCUUAAAUUUGAAUUCAACCUGGUUUGUCUGCCUGAGAGAUGAUUUGGCAUAUCUCUCUGAAAACCUUUUAAAUGUAACUCAAGAUGAACUCUGCAAUAAUACAGCUAUGGCUAUUGUUGAAGCUACAGGAGCAGCAAUGAAGAUUUUAAAAUCUGUAUUUCAGGAACGUGGCAAUUCAAAUGACUUGAAAGAUCUUGAGGCUUUCCUUGUUAAUCUUCAAAGGGUAAUUAACAAUGCAUUUGAAGUCACAAACUUGCUUAAAGAUAGCAGUUUAGAAAGUGUUUUAGAGACAGUAGGAGCUGUGAUAACUAAAAUGCAGAAAUCUGUACUGAAGAUUGUUAAUGAAGAGGUUUUGAAUUCUUGGCUUGAUGCUUUCAUCUCAGGAGGAUCUGAGGGAGAAGAUAAGGGUGCUGAUGUAUUUUCCAUUGAAAAUUCCCUUUCUACUAUUCUUAAGCUCUCCCAAGAGGAACUUGAAAUUAUUCUUACUGAGAUAAAUGACACAUCUGCUUUUUUAAAAAGUGAUGAACACAAAGCAUUUCCUCAGAAAAUGAUAGAAACAGCAGGUCUGAAUAUUGAACUGGUAAGGAAGGCACUUGAAGUUUUCAAGUCUCCUACAUUUGUUGUCUUUCCAUUAAGAGAUGAAAAGGAGUUUCUAAAGCUUAUGGUUGCCUUGGUGCAAAACAUGAGAAACCUGGAUGUUGAGUUUUUGAUAAGUAGAUUCAAACAGGUCCAGGAGACCCUAGAAAAUUUCUUAAAAAAUGUCAAAUCUUUUAACCUUGAGAACUCUGGGUUAGGUACCUUAACAGACUGGUGGGAUGCAUUUGAGAACAUAUCAUGUUACUGGAACCUGACUGAUGUACACCAAAUAACACAGCUCUUUGAACACGAUGAGCACUACAAUACAGAAGAUGUGUUCAACCUCCUCUUUGAUGUCAUCAGCCUUACAGAAAGAUUGACUCAUGGAAAUGUUACAGAAGCACUAGCUGAAAUAUAUGCUUUCAUACUGACUCAGGAAGAAAAAAUGCCAAUGUUUACUGAUGAGGAGUUCUCUAACCAAGUUGAAGAUCUUUUAAUAUUGCUGGAGGCAUUGUCAGACAUCUCCAAUGAGCCCAGAGAGGCCUCCGCUUGUUUUUCUGCAGCAUUCUGCUGGACUCUCACAACAGCAACACCUGAAAGUGAUACCACUGUUAAACCUUGUGACUUGGUGCACACCAAUUCUACUCUUCAUUACAAUGCAGUCAUUGAAAUUAUUAAGGAGCUUAAACUCAUCACUCUGGAUGACAGUUUUGCUUGUUCUAUGGAGGACAUUCAGGUGGAUAUAAUUCAUAAUCUGACUUGCUUUUUUCAUCAGAUUAAGGAAUGGAACUCUAUAAUUUUGAAGUUUUCUGAGCUCCAUCAUAUAAACAGCUCAGUUCUCAAAGAGCUGCUAGAUUUUUGGAAUGAGCUAUCCCUUUAUGCUGUGCCACUGCAGGUGAAUAAUACACAUGCAAUCAAUUGUUCCUCCACACCAAAGAGCCAAAUGGCUUUACGAAUCUUAGAAACUCUGGACAGUGUUUCAGUAUCAGAAAUGGAGAUGGCCAAAAGACUUCUUGAGCAGCUGAACAAUCUUUAUGGUGGCCGAAGUUGGAACAGAGAGUCAAGAACAUCACUUAAGAGUGUUCUUACUAAUGUUAAGAACAUGACUGGUGAAGUUUCCAGACUCCUGAAUACUGAAGCUGUCCUUUCUUUUCUUUCGGUAAUUCAGCCUUUGAUGAUGCUGUCAUCUGUUGGAAACCAGACACACACAGUGCUUAUGACAAUAUCAGCUUUAAGUGGGAACAUCAAUAUAACUGACAACUUUGAGAACUUCUUGUUUCCUGUUGUUACAAGCAUAGAAAAUUUAUUGGUGAAUUUCAGUGUUAGACACUUACUUGUGGUGAUAGAUCAAGAGUUUCAAUUAUUAAAGUUGGCCACUGGACAGUCCUCUUCAAUGGCUCCUGAUGUUUUACUAGAGCAGUUUAAGACGUCAUCUGUAGAUGCUGUACCAAGAAAUUUUGAAGAUAUACAAGGCAUUGUGAAGAGCAUUCUAUGCGAGUGUAACGAUAAAAAUUAUUCUAAAAUAAUGCAUAUUCUAAUUCUCCUUAUGACUAAUGAAAGUUCAUCAAAUGACCUACUGCUGGCUGUCAAAGAUAUUAUUGCCUUUCUGGAGCUAUUCCAAAAUAAGUCUAAGAAGGACUAUACUGAAGAACCCAUUGUCUUUAGCAACAUUUUCUGUGCCAUUACAAAGUGUAAAGAUGGAUUAACGGGUCACUUUCUUCUCGCUGUCUUUGAAGGGAUUGCUGUGGUUCAAGAUCGUUAUCAGGAUGUUGGAAGAUACUUGACAGCUUUCAAAAAGGGAGAUUGUGAGAGUAUGGCAUAUAUUAACCAAAAACUUUCCAAUGCUUUGGAGAGCUUUGUGGGAGUCUUGCAGAAUACCAGCAGGAACAGCUGUGAAUGCCAGCUAAUGUUGGGGAACAUCCAGAGACGACUGCAAAUGGUGACAGAAAAUUUGGAGCUACAAUUGUCAGAAAAUCCAGCGGCAGCUUUCCUCAGCAAUUUUAAUCUUGUGAAUGAUGUGAAAGUCAAAGAUUUUGUGAAGAAUAUUACUCAGUUGAGGCUGGACAUUGGUUCUUCUGUCAAUAUUUCUGAAGAAACUGUCAAUACCCUUUUGGAAGCCGGUGUCUCUCAUUCAGAGGUUCUUUACAGUGCCUUUGUGGUAGCUUUAACUGGAAGAUGUGAUGAAGAAGUACUUAGCCUGCUGCUAAAGCUCCCUGAAGACAAUAGAACUUCCCUGGUAGUGGAAGAAUUAUGCUCUUUACCAGCAGUGGACUUGUAUAACAUGUUUGUAUUGAUUAUACAAAAUUUGAAUGUACGCCACAUCAUUUACAAGGUCCAGAUACCACCUGAGAUAGGCAAUGUAUUAAAUAUGCUACUGGAUGUGGUUUCUAGUAUCAGUUCACUUCUCAAUAAAGUCCAACAUGUCAUGGAAAAGCUUCCAGUGUUCCUCCAAGGAAUUCAAAGUAUUGGUGUGCUUGACAUCUCUGCAUUGCAGCAGUUUUUGCAGGGUGGGCAGUUCAGAAGUUCAGCUGUUGGAUCCCUGGAAUCUGUAAUCAAAGCAGUAUGUAAAGAAGAAUCUUCAUUUUUCAGCAAUGCAAACCUGUUCACAGACAUGCCCAGAAUAAUGGGACUUUUGGAGGAAAAUAUGGCAAAAUAUGGCAUUCCUGAAGACUCAACUCCUUUUUGCUUGAAGCUUUAUCAAGAAAUUUUGCAGGCUCCUAAUGGGGCUUUGCUCUGGACUUUCCUGAAACCUUUAUUACAUGGGAAGAUACUGUACAAUUCAAACAUCAGCAUGAUUGACCUGGUGAUGGAGAAGGCUAAUUUCACUUUUGGUUUUGUGGAAAACUUGAGGAGUUAUUCUGAGACAUGGCUUAGGAUGUCUGAGGUUUUCAAAACCAGUGGAAAUGUCCUCACAGUCUCACGACUGCAGGAAGCACUGCAAAACAAUUUUAUAAAACAUUUCAUAGAAAGUAAUUUGGAUAUCAAUGUGGAAAAACUUCUUAAAAAAAUGCAAGCAUAUGAAACUAUGACAAACAAGAUGCUUAACAGCUCAGCAAGUAAAGAGAUUGACCUGUUGACACAGCUUGUUGUAAAUAUCUCUUCCUGUGUGUUACUGGACCGUUUCCAGCCUUUUGACUCUAUAGAGAAAUUGGAGGAGAAGGCUCAUGAACUCAUCCAGGAAAAUAAUCUUUUGGCUAGUAUCCUCUUCAGUACACCAGAGGACAAGAAGCAAGAUUCCAGCAAUCUCCUUCCAAGACGCAUUUCAUAUACAAUUAGAACCAGUGUUCUCUACAGCAUGAGAACAGAUUUGAUUAAAAAUCCAACAUGGAAAUCCCACCCCCACAAGUUGCCAGCUGAUGGGUUUAAAUACAACCAUGUCUUUAUUCCUCUUCAAGAUAUGAUUGAAAGGGCAAUUAUUUCAGCACAGACUGGGACAGACACCUCAGAAACAGCAAUUCAGGUGCAAGCCAUGCCUUACCCUUGUCAUACCAGUGAUCUAUUCUUGAACAACAUAGGGUUUUUUUUCCCACUCAUGAUGAUGUUAACAUGGAUGGUUUCAGUUGCUGGUAUGGUUCGCAAGCUGGUUUAUGAAAGAGAAAUUCAUCUUGAAGAGUAUAUGAAGACAAUGGGUGUGUAUCCAGCCAUUCAUUUCUUUGCUUGGUUUUUGGAGAAUGUCAUUGUGCUCACAGUAAGCAGCUGUGCUCUGGCCAUCAUUUUAAAAGCAAGUGGUAUCUUUGCUUAUAGCAAUGGUUUCCUUAUCUUCCUUUUUCUCCUGGAAUUUGGAGUUACAGUCAUCAUGUUAAGCUAUUUUUUGGGAGCGUUUUUCAGCAGUGCCGAUACAGCAGCUCUGUGUGCCAGCCUUGUCUAUAUGAUCAGCUUUUUACCCUACAUAGUUUUGUUGGUCUUGCAGAACCAGCUGAGUUUCACCAACCAGAUUAUAAUGUGUCUUCUUUCUACAACCGCCUUUGGGCAAGGAAUAUUUUUCAUUACAUAUUUUGAGGGCCAAGAAAUAGGAAUUCAGUGGGAUAAUCUGCACCAGUCAACGGCACAAGGAGGAUACAUGACCUUUGGAUGGAUGUGCUGGAUGAUGUUCUUUGACUCCAUUUUAUAUUUUGUAGGUGGCUGGUAUUUCAGCAAUAUUAUUCCUGGAAAAUUUGGAUUGAAGAACCAGUGGUACUUUCCCUUUACUGUUUCCUACUGGAAGAACCUGUGUGGUACAGAGAGAAGCAAGAGACAUUAUCUGAAUUCUAAUAUGUUUUUCUUCAAUGAAAACUUCCAAGAAAAAGGUUUAUCUCAGCAGUCACCUCAGGGCUGGAAAGUCCCUUGCACUGAAGGAGCCACCAUCGGUGUUGUGCUGCUGUCCCUCACCAAAGAGCACUUGGAUGGUCAGAAGGUGGCUGUCAGAGAUCUCAACCUCACUUUCCAUAAGGGCCAGAUAACUGCACUCCUGGGACCUAAUGGAGCUGGAAAGACAACGGUUAUAUCCCUGUUGACUGGUGUGUAUCCACCAAGCUCUGGUACCAUUAUUGUUGAUGGGAAGGACAUCCGGACUGAACUGGCUGCCAUCAGGACAGAGCUGGGUGUCUGUCCCCAGUACGAUGUCCUGUUCAACACGCUGACGGUGCGAGAGCAUCUCCUGCUUUAUGGGUCAGUGAAGGCACCAGGGUGGACAAAGGAACAGUUGGAUGAGCAAGUCAGUGGAGCUCUGGAAGAUGUGGAUUUAUCCCAACAUCAGUACAAACCUGUUGGAGCCCUUUCUGGGGGAAUGAAAAGGAGGCUGUCAAUUGCCAUCUCCUUCAUUGGAAACUCAAAGACAGUUGUUCUGGACGAGCCCACGAGUGGAGUAGAUCCAUGCUCUCGCCGUAGUAUCUGGGAUGUUCUUCUGAAGUACAAAGCUGGUUGUACCCUGAUUUUUACCACUCACCAUCUUGAUGAGGCCGAGGUGCUCAGUGAUCGCAUUGCCAUCCUGCAGCAUGGCCAGCUGAGGUGCUGUGGCUCUCCCUCUUAUCUGAGGGAGACAUAUGGCCAGGGACACAGUCUAACACUCAUAAAAAAGCCCUCUGUGUUUGAAAUCCAGGACCCUAAGCACAUUGUUCAGGUCACUUCUCUGGUACAGACCCACAUUCCAGAAGCCUUCUUGAAAGAUAACAGUGGAACUGAGCUGACCUAUGUGAUCCCAGAAAGGGCAGAUAAGACCUCUUUUAAAGGUCUUUUCCAAGCUUUAGAUCAAAGUCUUCAGCAUCUACAUGUGACUGGCUAUGGCAUUUCUGACACAACUUUGGAAGAGGUUUUUCUGAGGCUGCUGCAGGAGUCAGAGAAGAUGCCCUAUAUGACUCCAAACAGGGUGGAUCCCCUCCAGGUGCAGAUUGUUGCCUUUCUGAUGAAGAGGUUUCACCACACAAGGCGAGACUGGAGAGGAAGCCUGUCAAAUGUGCUGCUGCCCGUCCUCUUUGUUGCACUGGCAAUGGCCUUGUUUAGUGUGAAGCCGCUGGCUAUCAAUUAUCCUUCUCUCAAGCUGACACCAAGACUUUAUGACAAUGCAGAAUCCUUCUUUAGAAAAAAUAAUUCAUGCUGGCAGAUGGAAUCUGUGUCACCUCAGGAUUCAUGCAGAUGUGUGUCUGAACAGGAGAUGUGCCCAAUGUUCAAUACCUCUGCUCCCUAUGUGAAGAAUAAGAAAGGACAUAUUUUGUAUAAUCUUUCAGGGUUCCCGGUGGAAGAGUAUUUAGUGAGGUCUUCCAACAAAACAAGAUAUGGUGGUUGGUCUUUUGGAGGGACAAAAAGAUUUGAACUUCAAGAUAAACAAUUGAAUAACACCAAAUCUCAGCCUCUGGCUAAGGUGUGGUAUAACCAAAAAGGUUUCCAUUCUCUGCCAUCCUACUUAAAUGAACUCAAUAACUUCAUUCUGUGGCUGAAUCUACCUUCUAAUGUGGAUUGGAGAGAGUAUGGUAUAACACUCUACAGCCAACCAUAUGGAGGAGCCUUGUUGGAUGAGGACAAAAUAAUGGAGAAUGUUCGUCAGUGUGGGGUAGCACUGUGCAUCAUGCUGGGUUUCUCCAUCCUUACUGCAUCCAUUGGAACUGCCAUAGUGAAGGACAGAGUAUCUGGGACAAAACGCCUGCAACACAUCACAGGCCUGGGUUACAAAACUUACUGGCUUGCUAACUUCUGCUGUGAUAUGCUGCUUUACAUGGUUCCAGUCACCCUUUGUGUUGGUGUUAUUAGUGCCUUCCAGCUAUCAGCCUUCACUUUCCGAAAGAACUUGGCAGCCACUGUUCUCCUGCUGAUACUCUUUGGAUAUGCAACUUUACCUUGGAUGUAUCUUGCAUCCAGAUUCUUCUCAAGUUCAGAUGUAGCUUUUAUUUCCUACAUCUCCUUAAAUUUUGUGUUUGGCCUGUGUACCAUGCUGGUGACUCUCUUACCUCGCUUGUUAGCUAUAAUUUCCAAAGUGCAGAGUUUUCAGAAAAUCUACAAUAUCCUCAAAUGGGCAUUCAUCAUAUUCCCACAAUUCUGCCUAGGCCAGGGCUUAAUAGAGCUUUCAUACAAUCAGAUCAAGUUUGACCUGACCAGGAACUUUGGAAUAGAUUCUUACGUGAGCCCCUUUGAGAUGGAUUUCCUGGGCUGGAUUUUUGUGGCAAUGUCCCUCCAAGGAACACUACUGCUUCUUUUACGUGUUUUCCUUCAUUGGGAUCUCCUCUGGAAAUCAAGGGGUAAUUGCUCAGUUAACAGCACAGACAGCGCUUCAGAAGAUGUUGAUGUAGAAAUGGAGCGACAGAGACUCUUUGGUGGAAGAACUGGUAAUGAUGUCCUACUUCUGUACAACCUCAGGAAGUGUUAUGGAGGUUUCAGUAAGAAGAACACAGCUGUGGAAAACAUAAGCUUGGGCAUACCAAGGGGAGAGUGUUUUGGACUCCUGGGAACAAAUGGAGCUGGGAAAAGCACAACAUUUAAGAUGCUGACUGGAGAUAUCAUCCCAUCUGCAGGACGUGCUGUUAUCAGGACUCCUACUGGGUCUGAAAUGGAUAUACUCUCUGCUAGCUCUGAAGGUAUUCUUAUUGGAUAUUGUCCACAACAAGAUGCUCUGGAUGAACUUUUAACAGGUUGGGAGCAUCUUUAUUAUUACUGCACACUGCGUGGAAUUCCAAAGCAGGAUAUCCCACAGGUUGCAGAAGACCUGGUUAACAGGUUACACCUCAGCUCUCAUGCUGAUAAAUUGGUGAGAACGUACAGCGCUGGCACAAAAAGGAAGCUCUCUACUGCUGUGGCUUUAGUUGGUAAACCCCAAAUACUUCUACUGGAUGAGCCCAGCUCUGGAAUGGAUCCCUGCUCUAAACGCUACCUUUGGAAAGCUAUCCUGAAGGAAGUUCAGGAUGGCUGUGCAGCUGUGCUGACGUCCCACAGUAUGGAAGAAUGUGAAGCUCUCUGCACAAGGCUUGCUAUCAUGGUCAAUGGAACUUUCAAGUGUCUUGGUUCUCCCCAGCACAUUAAAAACAGAUUUGGAGAGGGUUAUUCUGUCAAGGUUUGGCUUAGCAAAGAAAUAAGUUAUGGAAGAAUGAUUUUGGACUGUCUACAAAUGCAUUUUCCUGGAACACAGUUUAAGGGACAGCAUCUUAACCUGCUCGAGUACCAUGUACCAAGAAGUCAGGGAUGCUUAGCAGAGCUCUUCAGAGUCCUAGAGAAUCACAAAGUUUUUCUCCAAAUCAAACACUACUCCAUUAGCCAAACCACAUUAGAGCAGGUAUUCAUUAAUUUUGCAACACAGCAACAAGGAGUCUUGCAUUCUUCACAAGGAUCCCCUGUUGUUCAUCAUGAUCACCUCCCAGUCUAG